AUGGCUAGGGGCCGAAACUACACUGUUCCAGCUACUGAGAUAGACCUUGGGGAAGCCCGGAAAACUUUUGAAACCAACUUCUUCGCGGUCAUCUCUAUAUGCCAGGCCUUCUUGCCAUUGCUCAUGAAGGCAAAGGGCACCAUUGUCAUGAUCGGUAGUGUGGCUGGGAUCAUACCUUAUGUGUUCGGGUCGGUGUACAACGCCUCAAAAGCCGCUCUGCAUUCGUUCAGCGACACGCUGCGGGUGGAACUUGCUCCCUUCGGGGUAAAUGUCACAACUGUCAUCACUGGGGGUGUGCAAUCCCGCAUUGCACGUACUAAGCGAACUCUCCAGCCGAACUCCCUGUUCACUCCUAUUGAAGACGAAUACGCACGCCGUGUGACGCAUAGUCAGGAUGGCGCGAUGCCACAUGCUGCAUAUGCGCGAAGCGUUGUAACGCAGGUCCUGUACGGAUCAGCGCCAUGGCGCUGGUUAUGGCCCUGGGCGCAAGGACGAAAGAGUUGGAUCUGGGAAGGUAACAAGAGCUGGCUGAUUUGGCUCCUAUGUGGCGGUUGGGCUUGGACAGGUCUAUUCCAUGGAGCCAUGACGCGGAUGUUCAACCUCUACAAGUUGAAAAAUGCCAUAGGGAAGUAG